CAUUAAAAUAAUCCCACGCUGUAACUAUACGCAUCAAUUUGGCUCUUCGUCCGCGUAGUAGCGAACACAACAACGCUACUAUGGUGUCCGAUAAACGGAAAAGGAGGAAAGAAAAAAAAAAAGAUGUUUACGUUUACAUCUUGUUUACAACAUGGCCGCCCUGUAACAGUGAUGCAGAACGGGAGUCCACUCCGUUCUGCUUUUAGAAGCUUCGCUUAGAUUAAGUUAUUCGCUUUUGCAAGGGAACGGGCCAAAGGCAAGCGGCUCAAAGAUGCCGGCGCUGAUCGAACGACCCAAGAUGAGUCUACAGAUGUGGGCGGCCCUGAAGAAUCACAUCAUGCGCGAGCGAGAAAGGAAAAAACAGGAACAAGAGGCCGACGAAGCGAUAGAGCGGUUGCGUCGGGAGCAGGAAUUGAAGCGCAAGCAAGAUGCCAUGACGUUGGAAGAGAUUAAAGAUCAGGUGACGCAGUCGGAGAAAAAGCUCAAAGAGCUGAAGGAAGAGAAGCAUCAGCUCUUCAUGCAACUCAAGAAAGUACUCCACGAAGAUGACACCCGCCGCCGGGCGCUCGACAAAGAGGCCAGUGAGGUGGCCGCAGCGCAGGCUGCUGCGGUGGCCAGUCAUGCCUACGCCAACCACCAGGCUCUCGGCAUCGUGGGCAGUGCUGGCCAAGCCCAGCCACUCUACAUCCAAAGCCUGGGCCGCACACCCGUAUUGUACAAGAUGACGAGCCCACAGUCCGGCGGAGCAGUCAGGACUCACUCAAGCACACUGAAGCGGCCUCACACACCGACGUCACCACCCCUCACGUCACACUCCCAGGGCGGUUACCAGACACCCCAGUUCACCUACAAGGCACAGGUCACCGCUUACGGUUCCAAGCUCGUACCAUAUCCGACGGUCGUGACGUCCGGAGCAUCGCAGCAGUCUCCGGUCUACUACGCACCUCACCACAUAAUUUCUGGUGGCGAAACGGCCGGGUCUCCAAUCUACGGUGCAUACGCGUCACAGUUCGCCGCUCCUCACCCCUCGGCGGCGACGGAGCUGACGUUGAAGCAGCACAGCGUCGUGACGCCCACCUCGUCUUCAUCGUCACAGCAAGGGCAGGGUUACACGCACAUCUCACAACAGGCUUUCCAGAAGCACCUCGAACAUGGCAGCAGCAGCAAGGGAACUACAUCGUCCUCAUCGACUUCGGGCAACGGCUAUGGCGACGAAAAGUUUUAUGUCCAGACGAGCGUGAUCCCUCGGUCUUCGCUCUCGGGUUCGCUUGUGACGGGUCAGCCGGUUGUGUCCGUGUCACGCCAAGUGAACGGCACGUUUGCGGGUCAAAGCCGUCAUCAGUACACUAGUCAGUCGGGAACGCGAUUCUACUGAACCCACCAAAGCACACAGUUUUGUGUUGUUGAUCUUGCUUUUUUUUACUUUGGUUGUUUGUUUUGCUUUUUCUUUUAUGACCAUGUUUUGGAAUGUCUGCUUUGUUCCAUGCUGUUCUCUAGCUGGAAUAUGGCAGCAUCAAGUCAUACAUGUCCAACAUGUCUUAUUCUAUCUUUCUUUUUUUUUAACUGUUUGUUUGGGGCGAUAGCAGUAACUAAAUGGUAUGGAUUGCGGCUGUGUACAUGACACACACGUACAUCACGAUGUGUGUCACAUAGUUGCAUGUGCGUCACAUAGUCACAAGUGUUGUUGUGCAUGUGGAUCAUGCACACAUUCUGAAUCCAUUACCUUUUUUCUUUUAUUGUUUUUGUUUCUGGGGGUGUGUCACAAGGGCCAUGCUUACGUCGAGUGCCAUAUGAAUGGGUUUUUGCAUAAUCUCGUUAUCUGCAAAAUUUGCAACCAUCAGCUAUUCAUUCCAUGCAGCAAAAACCUUCGCGUAACGACUUUGGUCAGUAUUCACAGCUUUUGGUUAACAUGCAUUGCUGUACAUAUACAUGUAAGCGACACGUGGAGUGAGCUGUUGUCGUCAACGACGAAUUCUCAAGCACCAGAAUCUGCUUCCGUUCUUCACAUGGUUUGAAACAAAUGUUGAUUCUUACUGUUUCCAAAGCACUCCCAUGUGAUGGCGCGAAGUGUGGCAAAGCAGUUAUUUACGACUGCAGCCAUUACACAUCGUCUCAUCUCCAGCAGCUGAAGCAACAUCUGAAGAUUCUUUUCCAAUUUCAAAGUUAUUCACUUCAAUCACAUUCAAGGACUUAACGUCCUGGACAUGGACAUACCUAAUAGGGACUGUUUUGUAACCAGUUUCAAGGACAGUUUCACAUGAUUGCCACUAAGCACACUGUUGUUGGUUGCACUCAUCUCGCAUCUGGUCAUUUAAUAUUUUUUUUUCUUCCACGACUGAGGUGACUGAAACCGCGGGUGUCGUUGAUCUCGUAAAAUGAUGUUAGCAAUAGCCCCUUGUUUUGUUUUUGCGCCCGAUCGUGAAUUGCUUUGCACGCAAUAAAAGCAAGCGUCUUCACUGAAGUUACAAACUUUUCAUCAGUUGCAGCUAACGUGUCUUCUAUGCAGCCAUGUCUGUAUCUAUAAGCCUUGUCUCAAAGUUCCUGUAGUACUGACCGUAUCGUAAUGUUACAACAUUGCGUACAGUGACGUACAAGAUGUUAUGUUCUCCAUUACGUUGUGUUUGGCUUGGUAACGUGCCUGCACCUGCAUUGAUUGUAGUGGUGCUCAGGAACUGCCAUGUUUCGGGCAAUACCAAUUUGUCUAACCACCGAGUCAGUGCAUGCAAUUUAAACUGUAGCCGACUGUGUACGUAUUCUGUAUAUGCAUGUCCCCGUGUCCCUUUCUUCGACGCUUUUUCGCGUAUGCAAACUGCAACCACUAAUCUUCACGUCCACCCUCCGAUAUGCAACGUAACCAUGUGCAAGUCGCGAUCUGUACUAAACACUCCUCUAUGCAGACGGUUCGUCAACUCUGGGGCGGCCUUCUAACUCACCUUUUUGCAGCUGCUUCCAUUACAGCCCAAAGUUGAGCCUAACUCGUACCAAUCCCAAAGAUGUGAAGUUUGUGUAAUACACUGGUACUUUAAUGUAACUUUUGUCAUAUUUACAAAGCAUAUUUCUAUUGUUUACUCAUAUGUCAAAAGAAAAACGCACAUCAUAGGGUACUGUUGGUGUGAUGGCAAUGCUUUGCUCAGUAUUGCCACGGUUUAUUGGUGGACAAACUAGUGCACACGUGCAGUGUUUUUCACUCAUGCCAGGUUUCCUUUACUUUGUGCUGAUGACAUUGGUGAGUGAUUUCUGUCUUGAAUUGUUGAGGGAUAAAAUGGGUCACCUGUCACGCUUUUUGAGAAGGCAACAUUUCUCUCAUUCUUGACUUGUCACUGACCAUACUUUAGAAGCCUAUCGGCUUGCGGCAGACGAAUCCCGGUUGGUCGCCUGGUCGGUGCAAUAACAGUACUUUUAGUGGCAGCCACAGCCAGGCUGCCUCCAGUUCUUCACAUCCGCUUACACGUUCCUCUUAGCAGUGUAUCACACUGUACAUACUAGUAAAGGCCACGUUAAACAUGGGGUGAAAAGGAUGUGGUGGUGCUUACAGCCUCUUGAGGUUUGUACACCUCAGAACAAUGUCUCGGCUCACUUUGUGUACGAUUGUUCCUUCGCUUGCUGUGUGCUGUGCAGUAUCAAGAGUUGAGCUCUCAUCUCCGGCCUUGUCUUGUUGACCAUAUCCUGCAAUGUGCAUUCUUUGUUUCGGAGUAUGCCGUUUUGCCGAUUUCAAUUGAAGCUUCACAUUGUGUACUUUUUUGUUUGUAUGCCAACCCUUGUUAACCUGCUCAUUUCUCGAUGCUUACAAUUUGAACAUGUAUAUAUGGUUCUGCUAUUUGAAAGCAACGAAAGACUAGCAUUGAACAGCUUUAGCUGCGGGCACAAGUACUGCAAACAGAUCGAAGAAUUUAGGAUUACCAGCCGAUUGAGGUUACAGCCGCUACCAGUGUUCUACCACUGUGUUCAAGUUCACAGUAGUAAAUUUAAAGUAAAAAGCUUAUUUCUCGAUGUUCAUCACAUCCUUUUGGUCCACUUUCGCUUCUCAUGCAACUUAGGGAACUUUUUGGGUCUGUUGAAAAGUUCACGAAGUUUGCCGAGAUCGUGUAUAGUUGCGUCCUACUCUUUUUUUUUUUUUUUUAGAGCCUGUCUGCAGUACUCCAUUGCCUCCUCCCUAGCAUUCUGUUCACAAUUAAGUUCUUGCUUCAAGUGACGUUGUGUACAAAAGGCGUGCCAUUUGUGGAAAUAUUUUCCACUUUAAUGAUUAUUAUUUUUAAUGUGCAGCGAACGCAUCUUCAUCUUCUCACGUGACCGUACAUUUUGUUAUUAUGCAAGUCCCCCGCAUUGCAGCACUGUCCAUACAACAAAAAACGCAAAGUAUCUAUUUGGAGACUCGUCGAUUGGCACGAUCAGGGCCAGCAGCCAGGUAUCGUCGCAUAAAGAUUUUUAAAAUAAGGCGUACAAGAACAGAGCCUUUGAUAAGCUGAGAGUGUUGCUACUGAGACAUCCUUUUCAGUUGGACAUAUAUUAUAAUACACUUGAACCUCGUUAUAAUGAAGUCAUAUCCGGCUUAAAAAAGCUUUCAUUUUAUCUGGUAUUCGUUUAAGCAGAUACUGUUAGCGUGCUGCCAUUCGUGAGAACCGCUUGUGUUGUCUAAUGUUUUCAUUAUAAUUACAUUCAACUGUACAGUUAAGUCAACGAACUAGAUAAGAAGUUGCAUCCACCUACCAUCUCGGCAAUAGUACGGAUAAUUGGGCUACAAUCUCAGCAAUGUUGGUAUUACAGUGUUUGGGACUUUGGCUUUGUUGCAGAAGCUAUCAACUCAUUUGCCUGCGGGGCAAGAAAUUUCCACUGGAUCACGUGAAAGUUGUUGUACUCUUGAGACGACGCACUGCGGUAAAGAACAUUGUUUAGGUCUACUCUCAGCCAAGGAGAACCAAGCACCAGUUCACAAUUUUACACCGUCACCCCGCUGCUUAUCACACCGCUGCUGAGAGCCCUUCUCUCGUGUAUCGAGUGCGACAGAGUGCAAGGGUUCGAUGGUACGCUUGCACACACCAUGCAACUUUGAACAGCAAACAACUGUUACCGUUUUCAUUCUUGCAGAGUCAUGCGCAGCACUGUCUGCAUUUCCCCACUGGCACUACUCUCACCAUGUUGAAGGCUCUGGAAGGAAAUUGUGAAGUGGCAUGCGGUUGCACAAAACUUAAGCUUCCCACAUGAAGCUCUGUUUGCGUACCAACCUUGACACUGUAGUUGUAUUAUUGGCCACCAGGUGGCACUAGCAUUUUAAUGCUAGCAUCUCAUUGGUAGCACUCUUGUCGUGUUGAGGGUUCCGAAGAAAAUCCUAAAAUGGCAUCUGGUGACACUAAUCUCGAGGUUCCUCCAAAAAGCUUCAUCUGCAUUGGAAUUGCGGUACUGUAGUUGAGCUUUUGACCACCAGAUGACACUAGCGAGGGUCUAGCGGGACGCUGAUACACCCAUAGCGUGCGAUGCCUUGUAGCCGUGCCGACAAAGCGAGUUUCUCCGGUUCAACAUUUCUCACUCCCUUCCCAGCACCAUACUUGCCAACCAGUACAGCUGCUAGCAGUUUGUUUACUACCCUGCCAUCGAUUUUUCUGUACACCUUUGAAGAAACCCAAUUCAGAGCCUAUAUAUAUACAUAUAUCUAUACAAUAUAUAAAAAAAAAUAUAUAUAUAUACACUCAUAUAUAUACACAUAUGUAUACAAGAUUUUAGCGUGGAGCAUUUUGCCAAAGGAAAGCCAUGUCAUUUUUUUUUUUGUGUCAUUUCUCUCCUCUCCACUCUUUCCUGCCCAGUUAUGUUUUUGUUGUAAAUUGACAUUGCAACAAUAAAGGGAGCCAAUAUACUGUCUCAA